ACAAAAAAUAAACAUGAUUCAACGCUGAACUCAGGUUUAUUUUAAAAUAAAGUUUAAUAAAAUUAAUUAAACCAACGAAAAAGUAACUAGCGUAUAACGUAUUGUGUAACAAUUAUUGUUCUGUGGUAUCAUGCGGAUAAAUUGAUAAACACGAUCGAAAACAUGGAGCAAAUUUACGCGCUUGGUGUAAUUUGUAUUGAAUUCAUACAGUAUUGGUUUAAAGACUGGGAGGACUAUUUUACAGCAGUCAAUAACCUGGCCAACCCCAACUAUGUGCUGCUAUACCUACUACCAUUUGUCUCCGUGUUUGACUCUGUGUUCGCAUCUCAGUUGCUGGUUGUCAUGGGAGUUGGGGGGUGGAUGAAUUCUUUAUUGAAAUGGUGGUUUUUGGAAGAUCGGCCCUUCUGGUGGGUGCGAGAGACAACAUUCUACAGUGAAGCCGACAGGCCUGUUCUGCGGCAGACUACUCAGACCUGUGAGACUGGCCCUGGCAGCCCAUCUGGUCACUCCACAACAGCUGCAUCAGUGCUAAUCCUACUCUUGAUGUGGAUAUCACAUAUUUGCAAUGACAGAAAGUGGACCAGUCGAUGGUGGAAGCCCAUCUUAUUCAGCGCGUGCGGCGCGGCGCUGGGCGCGGUGCUGCUAGCACGCAUGUACAUCGCGACGCACUUCCCUCACCAGUGCCUGCUCGGAGCACUCAUAGGCGCCUUCCUCGCUCCGGCUCUAUGCAUCUACGUUACGGAUCCGUUCAUCUGGCAAUACGGGUCCCGGCGUAACGUCAGCGAACGUAGAGUGAUGAUGUACCAUGUGGCAGCGGUAUUCGUUGCCAUGACUGUCAGCGCCAUAACAUACUUCGGAUUGAAAUUGUUUGGGGUAGACCCACACUAUACGGUGAAGUUGGCGUUCCGGUGGUGUCUCCAGCCCGACUACAUCCACGUUAGCACGACGCCGGUGUUCGCGUUAGUGCAGACCGCCGCCGCCGCGCUCGCCGCCGCUGCCGCCGUCACGCCCGCCACAGCCAGGUACCGUCACUACACGAAGAACAGGUCGUUGUUGAUAUCGAUAUUCCUUACGAUACUAUCGAUGUACACUUUCCGAAUACUGUCAGAGCACAUCACUAGAGACAACGUGUUCUACUUCUACUCUCUCAACUUCCUCCUGCAUAUGAUCCAGCCGAUUGUCCAUUUGAGGCUCGUACCUGCUUUGGCGAUGUGGCCGUUUAGAUCGAAGAAGCAAAAGACACAGUAAAAAGUGAUUGUAAUUAAUUUUACGUAGCACGGAACUUCAUAUUGAUGUAAGCGUAAAAUUGUAAAUACCGUUUGAUUGUGAUAUAACUAGCGAAAUUGUAAAAUAUCGAUCGUAACUUGGGCGUUGAUUGUUUAUAUAAUAUAAUAUAGUUCGAUGUAAUCGUUAGCGAGUUUAGUCUCCGUUUACCAUCUGUCUAAGUUUUAUAAGCUCGCCAGUAACUAGUUAGAUUAUAAUCUAACGGUAUUUACAAUUUAACGUUUGAUAUUCAAAAUAGCAAAUUAGUAAGAUCUUAUAAGGUUCCGUGCCUCGUGCUAUACAAAAAUUAUAAGAAUAAUUAUUGUCUUGAGUGGUCGAAUGCCCAUAGACUAUUAGCUAGGUAAAAUUGUGAUACAAAUCUCACAAAAAUACAAUAACAAGAUGUGUGUCUUUUUAAUUUAGGGUUCUGUUAUUACGGCACUGUCGAAUUUUGCAUUUAAAUCACGAUAUUAUUGUUCGUUUAUAUUAACAACGAGUGUGGUUAUUAUGUGGCGUAAGUCUGCAUUCAAACUAAAAAGUCAGCCUUCGUUAUGUUAGCGUAAACGUAUUGUCAAUUAGGUGGAAACGGAAAAGUAAAUAAGUAUAGCCCCAUACUAAUAAAGAUAUUGAGGCAGCCUAUCACUAUCCGCUGUCUUUGUUUGCUAUAUUGUGACAACCAAUGUGCCAGACAAAGACUAGCAGACCUAUAUCCACUAUACACCUUACCCCCGAAAGUGAUACGAUUUUGAUUUACGAGUCUGAUUAGUUCCAA